GACAAACAGAAGAAAAACACGAGUUUGCGUGAGAAUUGCACAAGUUUUGUCAACUCGGCCGGCAUCUAUUCGUCUACUACAAGACCAUUGAUCAAUAUAAUUAAAAACGUGUUUGUGUGAAAUAUUGUGAAAUUCUUGAAGAAAUUUUUCCAAUAUGACGGUUUCGCGGGAAAAGGCAUCGUUAGCUGUGGUGCCUCCCAGCGAUAGUGAACAAAUCGAAUGGUCGGCCGAAGAGGAAAUCCAAUUGUUUUUCGCAUUGGAAGGUUUGAAGCCAGUCGGUAUAAAUAAGCAUUUCUAUAUGGCUUGUAUUGCUGAUCGCUUGUCGAAAAAUUUACAACGUGAUGUACCAGCCGAAGCAAUAUGGGCACACUUACGUACUAUGUACAAUUUGGAUGUAUUAGAUGAAUUGGAACCGCUGCCAUUUCCUAAUGAAGAAAGGGAAUUUUCACUGCCGGAGACCGAGUUCUCAGCAUUGCUGUCAAAAAAACGUGCUGAGAGCGAAGAGAAACAGCGGCUUAGUAGUGUGGAUUCUAGUGGUGGUCCGCCCUCUAUUAUUGCUGUUGCUACUGAUAAUACAACAAAGAGCGCUAGUUCAGAUAAAACUUCAGCACACAAAGCUAAUGCCAGUAGUCACAAUACAAAGGAGAUGGACAAAAAGAUUGCAGCAAAGCUGACUGAUAUGCCGAAACGUGCACCAAAACGCACGCGUGGUUCACUGUCUUUAGAAUCUAAUAGUAGUCCAUCCACAACACCACCGCCAGUGCAGAGCAAUAAGAGGCGGCGCAUAUAAAUACCAAAAAAUUUAGUAUUUAAGCCUACCAAUCAAAUAUUGUGUUAGAAUACAAAUAAUAAUUAGAAUAAUGCUGGAGCAACGUCAAAUGUACUGGAACUUAUCCUACACUUACGUUUAAAUAUAUUUACAUAACUUUUUUUAUGUGUAGUUCCUAAGUUCAUCCUAAUUUAAUAUCACAUUAAUACUUUUCACUGUUUGCUGUUUUUACAAAUAAGUUAUGCUCAAGAGCUUACCAAAUCAAUUGUUUAUAUAUAUUAUGAAAACAAUUUAAAAGUAUAAGAUAAUAAACCACAUGUUGCAAAAUUGCACAUACACAAUUUAUUUAUCAAAUA